ACGUGUCAAAUACUACUUUUUGGAUAUAUAACGACACCGUAUUCCCUCUCCGCCGAAACCUCUUAUAAAUAUCUUUUCCUUUCAUUUUCCCACCAAAAAACGUGAGACUCCAAUUUUCGAAAUCGUAACCCCAGUCGCCGGAGCUCGAUAGUCGGCGGUGGCGGAGAUGUACGGUACUCCAGGAAAGAGCUUGGGAAGGGAUUAUGGAUGCAUUUAUGGUGCAGGAGACUUUGGGGAUGUUUGGUGUAAGUACUUUUCUCAUAUUGAGCUUGGCGAUGAAAAAGCUGUGUUCAACCUCGUUUCUCUGCUGAUUUGCUUCUUUUCCUCGCCGGCGCAAAAUCUCCUUUCUCAGGUCAAGGAUGAUAAUGGUAUAUACAUUUUCUCGAUCGACUUUCAACGAUUUCGAAAGGAUUGUGAUGUUCAUGAAUUUUAUGAAUUGUUGGAGGAUAAACCGAAGAUUGCUCUUUUAUGCUUGAGUGCUUCAGCGCACAAGGUGCUGCUGAACAAGUGGGAUAAAAGCGAGUUGGAAGAUGGUACCAAAGUAAACACACGUCUGCAUAAUUAUCCUCAAUCUUUGAUUGCCUUGAAGAACCUAAAAGCUGCAUAUAUUGACAAGCUUGUAUCUGUUCGUGGUUCUGUAGUAAAAGUUAGCACUGUUAGGCCUCUUGUGGUUGAAAUGAGUUUUGACUGUGCUAAGUGUAAGACAAAGAUUUUAAGAAUCUUUACUGAUGGGAAAUUCUCACCACCAAUGAUCUGCAACUUGGAUGGAUGCAAGAGCAAAAGUUUUAUUCCAAUUCGAUCGACUGCUCAGACAAUAGAUUUUCAGAAAAUAAGAGUACAGGAGCUGCUAAAGCCUGAGGAUCAUGAGGAGGGCCGGGUGCCUCGAACUGUAGAGUGUGAAUUGACUGAAGAUCUAGUUGAUGCUUGCAUCCCUGGAGAUGUGGUGACUGUAACUGGAGUUAUAAGAGUAAUUAACAAUUACAUGGAUAUUGGGGGAGGGAAAUCGAAAGGCAAAAGUCAAGGAUUUUACUAUUUGUAUCUAGAAGCCAUUUCAGUCAAAAACUCCAAGUCACUUUCUACAUCUGACAACUCAGAAGAUUCUAAUUCUCAUGCACGACCAAUGGAACUUUUCGACUUAUUCUCAUUUUCUUCAAGGGAUUUGGAAUUUAUUAUAAAGUUUUCUGAGGAACAUGGUUCAGAUACCUUUAGACAACUGCUUCAAUCUAUCUGUCCAUCUAUCUAUGGUCAUGAGCUUGUUAAAGCGGGAAUAACACUAGCACUACUUGGAGGCGUAAGAAAACAUUCAAAUGAUAGCAACAAGGUUCCUGUAAGAGGAGACAUCCAUGUCAUAAUUGUUGGUGAUCCUGGACUAGGGAAGAGCCAACUCCUGCAAGCAGCGGCAGCAGUUUCUCCAAGAGGCAUUUAUGUGUGUGGUAAUGCUACAACGAAAGCUGGGUUAACUGUAGCUGUAGUAAAGGAUCCAAUAACAAGUGAUUAUGCUUUUGAAGCAGGUGCCAUGGUACUUGCAGACAGUGGAUUGUGCUGCAUUGAUGAGUUCGAUAAAAUGACUUCAGAGCAUCAGGCUUUACUUGAAGCCAUGGAACAGCAGUGUGUCUCGAUAGCAAAGGCUGGACUUGUAGCAAGUUUGUCAGCACGUACUUCUGUCUUAGCAGCAGCAAACCCCGUUGGUGGUCAUUACAACCGUGCAAAAACAGUAAACGAAAAUCUGAAAAUUAGUGCUGCUCUGCUGUCACGAUUUGAUUUGGUCUUCAUAUUGCUAGACAAACCCGAUGAACUUCUGGAUAAGAGGCUCUCAGAGCACAUCAUGUCUCUUCAUACUGGGUACGCAGAGCAUGCACCAGCAGCAAAAAAAUUACGACGAGAAGCAACGCAGAAUGAUCGAGGCAUAAAGAUGAAAGUAGAUGGUGGUUCAUUAGUGUCAAGGUUGAGAUUAGACCCAAAGAAGGAUGGUGCUUUUGCUCCGUUACCAGUUCAACUUCUCUGCAAAUAUAUUGCCUAUGCAAGAAAUUUUGUUUUCCCUAGGAUGUCAAAGCCAGCAGCUGAAAUCCUACAGAAGUUUUACUUACAACUAAGAGAUCACGCUACAUCAGCUGACAGUACACCAAUAACAGCUAGACAACUUGAGAGUCUAGUGAGGCUGGCAGAGGCUAGAGCCCGCCUAGAUUUACGAGAAGAAAUAACAGCCCAAGAUGCAAUGGAUGUAGUUGAAAUCAUGAGAGAAUCCCUCUACGAUAAGUAUGUGGAUGAGAAUGGUUUUGUGGACUUCGGUCGAAGUGGUGGUAUGAGUCAACAAAAAGAGGCCAAAAGGUUCUUAAGUGCUCUCAACAAACAGUCGGAGUUACAGCAGAAAGAUUUUUUUUCUAUCUCAGAAAUAUACAGUUUAGCCGAUCGGAUCGAGCUAAGAGUUCCUGAUAUGGACGCGUUUAUUGAUAAUUUAAACAGUGUUGGUUAUCUACUCAAGAAAGGACCAAAGACAUAUCAGGUACUAUCGUCAUCUUAUUCGCGGAGCCAGUCAUCAAGGUCAAGGUUCUAAAAUUACUAUAGGAUUAGAAAACAAAGAGUUGUGUUUUGAAAGCAGUCUCUUCAUGUACAUAAUCUAUUGGAAGAAGCCAAUUUUGUUGUAUUGAGAAUAUGCAAUAACUUUUGCUCUUCUUUUCUUAUAUUAGUGUAGUGGUGUGGCAUACAAAGGCAGAGAGUAGUUGGUUUUGGUCAUAAAUACCUAAUCAGAAAAGCCCUGAUUUCCAUCUAUAGCUUCUAAUCUCCAUUCACUCCCAUAAUGAAGAGUUGGGCAAACCCAACCAAAACUUUAAAGCCUCAGCAGCUAUCAUACUCUCUCCUCCUAUAUUGCCUGGCUUGUGAGGCAUGCUUACUUGUAAAAAAUCACAGAAUGAUAUUUGGUCUUCUUUGGAGGAAUAUCAUUUAUUCAUUCUCCUCCAUGCAUGCAAGCCACAAUCUUUGCCUCGUCAGCCAUAUCCUUAAUUUUUUAGAAGAAUAUUGUAAUGGUGAAGUGUGAAUCGUGAAGAUGAAGAUGAAGACGUUGAUUAAUGGUGAUAAAUAGAUUAUAUAAAGAAUUUUGUUCUUGCAAUGUAUCAUCCACGUAUGACUUGUAUGUGAAAAAUGGUCCUCUCCAAUGUGUCCUUGCAGUACUGCUGAACUGCAAGGGAAAACAAGGGAAGAGGAGCUGAUGAUAUAAUUCUUAAUUAUAUAUGUUAGCCAUAAAUAAAUAACAGUAACACCAGCGAUUGGAACAAGCAAUGCAUGCAUGCAGUGUGACCUGAGUUAUUUGACUUUUUCUUAACAUGUAAUUUUGUUGUGGACAUUCAACAUCAAUCAUUGCAAGUAUAUAUCUAUAUGAACAUUGUUAUUAGGCGCCAAUGGUGUGUCUGGUGAGUGGUUAUAAAUUUUUUAUAGUAGUUAAAUUAAAAUAUAUGGAAUUCAAUAUUAAAUUGUACUAA